GUGGCCAGCGAGGGCGCUCCGCCUUUUCGUUCCUCCCCUCGGCGGGGCCGGUGCCGGUUUACGUAACGCCUCUUCGGGCGAAUUCCGGCUUGGUCCCGUCGCCUGACUUGGGACGGGUCGCCAGAGGCCCCGGCAGGUCCUGCUGGGGAUUUACAUCUGGCUUCAAUGUGAAAUUAAGGUAGAAAAAUGCACAUAAACAUGUGUUUCCUGUUAAGAUUUAAUAUACUCUGGUUAUGCCUGAAGAGUGGGUCUUGUCUUUAGACUGUUAACUGCCAGCAAAUAUAAAUGAUUGUCCUAGAUGUCAAGCUUGUCUCCUCUGUACUGGAGUGAAAAUAUCCACCUCCAGGUUCCCACGGAAUAUCAUCUACAGAAAAUGCUUCAUGUUCUAAGGAUGAAAGCCACCUAGAUUCAUGCACCUAGUCUAUACAGUUGUUGUGGAUGGUUUGCCAUCUGAAAGCUCCUCAAGCUCCUGUCUGGGUCCUGUAUCUGUUUCAGAAAUGUCUCUGCUUCAGGCUUUGGGCCCUGUGCAGACCUGGCUGGGACAAGAGCUAGAAAAAUGUGGCAUUGAUGCCAUGAUUUAUACUCGCUAUGUCCUCAGUCUUCUGCUGCAUGAUAAUUAUGACUACGAUCUGCAGGAACAGGAGAAUGACAUCUUCCUGGGCUGGGAAAAGGGAGCUUACAAGAAAUGGGGGAAAAGUAAGAAAAAGUGCUCUGAUCUUACACUAGAAGAAAUGAAGAAACAGGCUGCUGUUCAAUGUCUUCGCUCUGCUUCUGAUGAAAGUUCUGGAAUUGAGACAUUAGUUGAGGAACUUUGUUCCAGGCUAAAAGAUCUCCAGAGCGAACAAGCGGAGGAGAAGAUUUCAAAAAGACUUGAGGACUCUUUGCCUCCUGAAAUAGAUUUAUCUCCAGCAGCAAAAGAUCAAGUAGAAAUGUAUUAUGAGGCUUUUCCACCUCUUUCCCAGAAACCAGUUUGCCUGCAAGAAAUCAUGACUGUGUGGAAUAAAUCCAAAAUGUGUUCUUACUCCAGUACCUCCUCAUCUUCCACUGUUCCAGCAACUAGCACAGAUACAUCAUCUCCAAAGGACUGCAUUAGUGAAAAUGAAGCAUCCAAAGAGAGAAAUAGUAACAAAGCAUCUGUAACUAUACAGGAGAGAGCCACAGAAAAGAAUGACAAAGAUGAAAAAGAGAAUAAGUUUGGAAAUCGUAUUGAAGGAAAAUCUGUUUCAUACAAAAAGCAAUUCCGUCAUAAAUCUGAGGGGAAGAUACGUCUUCGAUCCUGGUCUUCUGGCUCCAGUGAAGAAGGUUCAAAUUCUAGUGGCAAUCAUGGUGAAUUAAAAGCAGCUACAAAAUAUGUAAAAAUAAGGCAUAAAACAAGGGAGGCUCGGGGUAAAAAAGGAUGGAAUGGACAAAGUAAGUAUUUGCCAAAAGUUGGUGAAAAAACUGAAAGGAAAAUUCCUGGCAGCAGCAAUGGCUCCAUCAAGCAACUGUGUAAAAGAGGUAAACGGCCAUUAAAAGAAAUUAGACGAAAAGAAGGUGGAAACCAUGAGAGAAAAGAGCUAUAUUUUGAUAGCAGGAAUGAAACUGAGUAUAAGGAGGAGCCUUUGUGGUAUACUGAGCCAAUUACAGAAUAUUUUGUUCCCCUGACUAGAAAAAGUAAGCUUGAGACGACAUACCGCAACAAGCAAGAAGAUGUAUAUGAUGCAACAUCAGAGGCUGUAGAAGAAUUAGCUGAAUCAGUGCAAGGUCUUUGCAUUAGUAACAACAAUAAUAUUAAUAAAACAUACCUCGCAGCAGGUACUUUCAUUGAUGGUCAUUUUGUGGAAAUGCCUGCAGUUUUAAAUGAGGAUAUCGGCCUCACUAGGACCUCAAUAUGUUCUCCACCAGAGGACGAUAUACAUUUAGAUGGUGUUCAUCUGUCAGAACUAACACACUUCUAUGAAGUGGAUAUUGAUCAAUCCAUGUUGGAUUCUGGUGCCUCAGGCAAGAUGCAAGGAGAAAGUCGGAUUUUGAAUAUGAUUCGGCAGAAAAGCAGAGAAGGAACUGAUUUUGAGGCAGAAUGUUGCAUAGUGUUUGAUGGAAUGGAAUUGAAAGGGGAAAGUGCAAUAUGGGCAGAUUCGGCCACCUCUGGUGCGGAAGGGUGGUUCUUGCAAGAUCUUAGUAAUUUAGCUCAAUUUUGGGAGUGCUGUUCAACUUCUAGCUCUGGUGAUGCAGAUGGGGAAAGUUUUGGAGGAGAUUCUCCUGUUAGACUUUCCCCAACCUUAGACAGCACAAUGCUUAAUUCAUACAUGCUUGCAGGCAAUCAAGAGCUGUUUUCAGAUACUAAUGAAGGGUCUGGUUUAAAUUCUUUUUCAGUGUUUGAAGUGCAAUGCAGUAAUUCUGUUUUACCAUUUCCUUUUGAAAAACUAAAUUUGGGAAAUGAAAAUACAGAUUCUAGUAGCAAUGUUGGUAUGUUUGGGAAAACACAGUCAAGAUUGUUAAUAUGGACCAAAAAUAGUGCCUUUGAUGAAAAUGAACACUGUUCUAAUCUGUCAACAAGAACUUGUAGUCCAUGGUCAUAUUCUGAAGAAACACGUUCAGACAAUGAGACUUUAAAUAUUCCACUUGAAGAAUCCCCUCAAUUUAACUCUGAUGAUAUUAAUUAUAUCGUUCCCAGGGUAUCUUCAAGUUACAUAGAUGAAGAAAUUGUAGAUUUUUUGCAGGAGGAAACCUGCCAGGAACAGGCAAGAUCUUUAGGAGAAAUACCUACUUUAAUUUUCACAAAAAAGUCAAAAUUAGAAUCUGUCUGUGGUAUUCAGUUAGAACAAAAAACAGAAGAUAAAGAAUAUGAGACUCCACAAGUAUGUAGUGAUAGUAGCCCACAUGAAGAUGACUAUGGCUCAGGAGUUAUGAAAGAUAUCUGGACAAAUAUGACAGGUGAAAAUUCUGCAGCAAUUGUAGAAAUAGAAGGAAUAGAAGAGGAACUGUUUCCAACUGAUGUAAAUCAUUAUUGUUGCUGCUUAAAUGAUGCAAAAGUAGAAAUUCUCCAAGGUCCAAACAAAGCAGUGCAAAGAUCAGAAUACCAUCUUUGGGAAGGUCAGAAAGAAAAUUUAGAGAAAAGAGGCUUUGCUUCAACCAAUUUAUCAGAAGUGGAUUGUGGAGAUUAUACAACACCCUCUAAAUCAUGGGAUGUUAACCAAGAUAAAGAAAGUUCAUUUAUUCUUGGUGGUGUUUAUGGGGAACUGAAAACUUUCAACAGUAAUGCAGAAUGGGCAAUAGUGCCCCCAAAUCACCCAAAAGGAAACUUACUACAGUGUGCAGCUUCUGAUGUAGUCACAAUAGCUGGUACAGAUGUCUUCAUGACACCAGGAAAUAGCUUUACUCCUGGUCACAGACAAUUAUGGAGACCUUUUGUAUCAUUUGAGCAGAGUGAGCAUUUGAAAUGUGGUGAUCAUGGAUUAAAUAGAGGUUUUUCUUUUAUCUUCCAUGAAGACUUGUUAGAAGCUUGCAGUAAUUUUCAAGGUGAAGAGUCUGGUCUUGAAUAUUCUUUCUCUUCCUUUGACUUAAAUAAUCCAUUUUCACAAGUUCUUCAUGUCGAAUGUACAUUUGAACCAGAAGGAAUUACAUCCUUCAGCCCUUGCUUUAAACCCAAAUCAAUCCUUUGCUCCGAUUCUGACAGAGACGCUUUUCGACCUAGAAUAUGUGGUGCUGGGAGGACGCAGUACAGAGCAAUACGGAUUUCUCCUAGGACUCACUUUCGCCCCAUUUCUGCAUCUGAACUUUCUCCAUGUGGUGGAAGUGAAUCUGAUUUUGAAUCGGAGAAAGAUGAGGGGAAUAUUCUUGUCUCUUCUCAAGCUGAACCAUUUGAUGAUCCACAAGCAGAUCUCAAACCACUGGAAGAGGAUGCAGAAAAAGAAGGGCAUUAUUAUGGCAAAUUAGAACUUGAGUCUGGGAAGUUCUUUCCUACCUUAAAAAAGUGUGGGAUGGAAAAGAGUGCACAGACAUCUCUGGAUUCCCAGGAAGAAUCAUCUGGAAUAUUGCUGGUAGAAAAUGAAAGUUCUUGCUUAGAAUGCAAUAUGAAAGAUGUUCAGGAUACAAUGGCUGUGAAAAAUUCUGAAGCUAGCUGCAGUGUUGCGGAGCCACAAGAAGAAGAAGACAAGUCUUGCAGUUGUAAAGAAAGCUCAUCAGUGCAACUGAAAGAGUUUCCUGUAUUGAGUAGUGACCUUCAGAAAAUAAGCUACAAUCAAGCAAAACAGUGCUGGUGGGAGAAAGCUCUUUAUACUCCACUCUUUCCUACAUCACAGUAUGAAGACCCCUUACAGGUACUCUGCUUCUGGACUCCAGGCAUGCAUGUGCACCAGGAACCCCAUUGCUGUAACUGGGGAUUAAAAGACAAGGCGCCUCAUAUAGAAUCAGAAAUGGUUGACGUUGGAACAGAACAGCUGUUGGACAAAGAGUUCCAGUGCGAUUCCCUACAUUUGACAAGUAGCCAGGCAGACAUUCAACAUACAAAGAAGCAAGGAUAUUCUUCUCAUAGUUUGUCACGUAGACAACAAGGAAGAUUUACAGCUUCAGCAGCUGCCAAAUGCUGUACAAAUAUCAAGAGGGAGAAUAGCGAUGAAGAAUUCACUGAUAUGAAAGAAUUACUACACAGCGAAGACCAUCUACAAGAUUUUAAUAUGGUUUCUUCCAUGCAUGAAGCAAGGUGUGCAGAUUCUAGAGAUUCUAAAAUAAAAUCAAAUGGCUUUAGAAAGAACUUAUACUCCAGUGACAGUUCCAGUUCUGAAGGUGCAGCAUCAGAAGGCGGAAAUGGUUGGACAGAUCCUUGUGAAGAAGAGCUUUUUUCUCGAACUCACUUAUAAAGUUAUAGGAUAAAAGGAUGGCUUGAAGAAUAACAUGAGGUGGCAAACUCUUCCAGAAGGCUCGUAACUCAGAAACAAAUUGAGUUCUUCCUUCAUAUAAUGGAUUCAGAAGUGUAUUUAUCUUUCUCUUCUUGGUAUUUUAUUUUUAAUAGUGGGGUAUGGUCCCACUAGAAGCUUUUUUUCUCUUUUUCUCCAAAAUAUUAGCUCCUUGGCUAUUUGGACCUAGAGUAGAUUGUGUUGUCAAAUCAAGAAUGGAUGUGCAUGUGAUUGUCUUAGUAGUAUCACUGCUCUUUUGCAUCCUAGCUGCAGUUAUUUUUAUUUUCAACUGCAGCUGUAUCAGUAUUACUAUCCUACUAGCAUUGCAGUGUCUACAACUAUUCAGAGAUUUUAUCUUUUAGCACAUUUAGGCUUUUAAGAUUUGGGAGAUAAAUACUUAACACUGUAAUCUAUCAGUGCCUUUCUGAAUGUGAGAGGAAAGCAUGUAUGGCUUGUCCUGUCUUUUAAGAUCUUAUAACUUGGGAGCAGAAAUACUAGGGCUGUGCUUUAGAGAUUUUCAGAAACUGUACUUUCAAUUCUAGGAUCUCUUCUCCUAACAUGCAUAGAAACAAACAAACAGAGUUGGAACAAUUGUUUGUUACCUUCUAGCUAACUAAAAAAGCUGCUCAUUUUUGCAGGGAGGAGGAGGAAGAAAAAUGAUCAUUCCCCCUUUUCCCCUCUUGUUUUCAGGGCUUAGUAUUUCUUCUUUUUCAGGACUCAGUGUUGAAGAGUAGAUGAUUCAACAAGUGACACUACAGCCUGAACCAAGCACACUUACUUCAUACUUGUAAGCGUACUUAGGAUUGGAUUGUCAGGAAAUUAUGGAACAGUGAACUUUGUAAUGAGCUUCAUAUAGUUGGCCUGAACAACAAAAGAAAUAUUUAAGAGUCAAUGUUUAAUAUUUUUUAUGCAGAGGAUUAGUAUAUCACUCAGAAUAAAUCCAAUGGCUCCUGCAGUUAGCUACUACUAUAGUUGUAAUUUAGUAAAAUUUGUAGCUAACCUCGUGUCCUGAGAGAAUGUUAGGAGUAAGUUGUGUGUUGUGGGAGGGAGUGGGAACAUGAUUUACAUGUGUGAUUGCAGUAGUGAUUGUUGCUUUAUGUGACCUGUUCUUAACAUUUAUUUUAACAUAGUCAAUGCAUCUGUCAAAAUGUAACUGUGCAAGACUAUCAACUCCCUGUGCUACUAAUGUAUUAUGCAAAUCAUAAGGGUCAGGAGGAGCAAUAUUGGUUUAUACCAUUUCAUAGUUUUAAAAUUUUAAAACUAUAUAAUAGCAGCAUGUUUAAGACACCAGAAAGAACAGAAAGUUUACUGUUGACUUGAAAAUGCUAAGCCAUUAAUUUUAAUAGGCAAGAAACUCUUUUAACAAUUAUAGUUCUUUGAAAUGGUAAGCUGAACUGGCUUUAAAUUUUUAUUCUGUGCUAGUGAGCUUAAUUGAAUUGAAUGAAGUUUUUUGCCUUUUCUUAAUUGAUAGUACAAGAUUGAAGAUCUACAGUUUCAACUCCUUGUAUGGGUUGUAUAUCACCCUUUCAGUUGAAACUUCAACUCCAUUGGCUUGGUUUGUACCUUCCAGGGAAAUGUCAUUAAUAACAUUAAUAAUGGCUUUUAAGCUACUUUAUUUUAGCAUCCAUACUACAAAUCUUCACAGGUUUUUUUCCUUAUUUGAAAUUUUGGGUAUAUGUUUAAAUAUUUACUUUCUUCUGGAGCUUCCUUUAAAAUGUUAUAUAGGCACAUGCACUAAGGAUAUUAUUGUCAGUAUGAAAGCAAAAAGAACAAAACUGAUAAAUCCUAGUGAUUAAUGUAAAGUAUUGUUAGAAUUAUGAAAAACCAAAUGGGAAUAUUUGGGGAGGGAAGAACCCACACUUCAAAAAUUCAGCUUAUUUGGACUUUCACCUCAGUGAAAGGAUGGUUCAUUUUAUUAUGAUUCAAUAUUCUAACACCUUUGAAAAUGUAUGUUACAUGUGUGGGCAAUAACAAAUAAUAUUUAUUUGUUUCAUAACCGAAUGGGUAAAAUUCUGAAGCUUUCCAGUGAGAAAGUGGAUGUGUGAGUUCGUGUUUCUGUUUUCUGCAAGGAUAAUUUAAAAGUGGAAAUGCUGAAAUGCACUGUGGUAUGAAGCACAUUGCAUAUCCAUAGCACUGAAGUAUCAGUUUUUCAUUCCUGGGCUGAACUUGUUUCUACCUUUUCGCUUCAAGUGGUGUAUUGUUCUGAUUUCACAUACAUCAGAGUAACUGAAUUUGUUUUUUUUUUUUGUGGAGUUACUUAACACCAAAUAA